AGACUUUAUUCAUCUAUCCCUAGUGCUUUACGCAGACCUUAGCAUACACUAGAGGCUUCAAAGAGGCCAAAAAUUCACAUGUAGAGACAAAUUAGGUCCCUUAAGAUGCCAGGCAAACGAAGUGCUACCAAAACACUCAAAGACUGCCCUAAAAGUGCGUUCUGGGGUACACCGGUAAACUUGGAUCAGGUUCGCUCCCCUCUCCUCAAAAUACAUCGGCUGUGCUGAAAGAAAUCAUGACAGAUGCUCAUAAUUCUGACCCUGUAAUUAUAUAGGGUGUAGUUUUGGCUUCUGCUUCUUUUUUCCCUUAUUCAGUGACAACGUAUUUUAUGUAGCCAGUGAACUACAGCACCUCGGCAAACAAGGGACAGGCGCUCAAAGUUGUCCGUAGGGAGCCAGGACCCCGCCCGCGGCGUGGGGAGGCACAGCGCUAAACGAGCUUGCAAACAACAGGCACCUUCCUGCCACCGCGGAGGGAGGCCAGGGCGGAGGAAGCCACGCUCUGCAGGCCGGAACAAAGCCCUCCCGGCCUCCACGCGUCGCCAUGGCAGCGGAGGGUCUGCGGCGGCCGGGAUUGGCCGGGCCGGCGCGCGCAGGGCCUGCUGGGAGAGCGCGUGCCCGCCGCGGCUCCGCCGGUUUGAACUUGGCGGGCCAGAUGCGGGCGGCUGGGAGCUGGGGGCCUGCUUCUCCCCCUUCCUACACGGGUUUCUCUGCUGACUGCAGACCCAGGUCUCGGCCCUCCUCGGGCUCCUUCGCCGUCCCCAUGACAGGCACCCGUGGGCAGGGGCUGGAGGUGGUGCGCUCGCCAUCGCUGCCGCCGAGCUGCAGCAAUUCCACCAGGUCGCUGUUGUCUCCCCUUGGCCACCAGAGCUUCCAAUUUGACGAGGACGACGGUGACGGGGAGAAUGAGGAAGACGUGAAUGAAGAUGCCCUUGAUUCAGAGGCCAACGUGGCGGGCCUGAGAGGAAUGGAGUUACAGGGGUGCGCCAGCACUGAGGUUGAAUCAGAAGAUAACCAAGAAGAACAGAAACAGGUGCACUUGCCAGAAAGCCGCCUGACACCAUGGGAGGUGUGGUUUAUUGGCAAAGAAAAAGAAGAACGUGACCGGCUGCAACAGAAAGCUCUAGAGGAAUUAAAUCAACAACUAGAAAAAAGAAAAGAAAUAGAAGAACGUGAAAAAAGAAAGAUAAUUGCUGAAGAAAAGCACAAGGAAUGGGUUCAGAAAAAGAAUGAGCAGAAAAGAAAAGAAAGAGAACAAAAAAUUAAUAAAGAAAUGGAAGAAAAAGCAGCAAAGGAACUGGAGAAAGAAUACUUGCAAGAAAAAGCAAAAGAAAAAUAUCAAGAAUGGUUAAAGAAGAAAAAUGCUGAAGAAUAUGAGAAGAAGAAGAAAGAAAAGGAAAAAGAGAAACAACAGCAAGCUGAAUUGCAGGAGAAAAAGGAAAUAGCAGAAAAAAAGUUUAAGGAAUGGUUGGAAAAUGCGAAACAUAAACCUCGCCCAGCUGCAAAGAGCUAUGGUUAUGCCAAUGGAAAACUUACAGGUUUUUACAGUGGAAAUUCCUAUCCAGAACCAGCCUUUUAUAAUCCAAUUCCAUGGAAACCAAUUCAUAUACCACCUCCCAAAGAAGCUAAGGAUCUAUCGGGAAGGAAGAGUAAAAGACCUGUGAUAAGUCAGCCACACAAAUCAUCAUCUCUGGUAAUUCAUAAAGCCAGAAGCAAUCUUUGCCUUGGAACUCUGUGCAGAAUACAAAGAUAGCAUACGUGGAAAAUAACAUGCUUUUAUCUGGAGCAAUUUAAUUUUAAAAUCAGAAAUUGUUUUUUACUGCUCAGUCAGUAAUUUAACAUUUAAUGUGAUUAUUGACAAAUAGCAAUUUUUGCAUUUGUAUAUGGAGUCCUUAAAGUUGAGGAAGAUAUUUUCUAGAUUUUGGUUUUCAUAAACUUUUCAAGGUCGAUCUUGGCAUGUUGUUUUGCAGAAUAAGUGGCUGAAUAUGUAAUAAUUGUGUUUGUAUUUAGCUUGUAUUAAAAAGACACUGUAAUACCAAUAAAACUAACAAUUUUUCCUGUA